AUGUCUUCUCCCAAACACAAGGCCGUGACCAUUGCUGUGGAGGCCCGCACGGGUUCUGUCGCCCUGCACACCGCCGAGGACGUCGAUCACGUCGAGGCACCCGUUACCUGGAAAGCCUACCUGCUUUGCGCCUUCGCGUCUUUCGGGGGCAUCUUCUUUGGUUACGAUAUUGGCUACAUCAACGGCGUGAAUGGCUCCUCUAUCUUCAUUGAGGCUGUCGAAGGCCCCGGGGUCGACAAGCUCUCCGAGAGCCAUAGCUCUCUCAUCGUCUCGAUCCUGUCCUGCGGCACUUUCUUCGGCGCUCUGAUCGCGGGUGACAUGGCCGACUUCAUCGGCCGCAAGUGGACCAUCAUUUUCGGCUGCGUUAUCUAUAUGAUCGGGGUGGUGAUCCAGAUGAUAACUAAUCCGGCCUCUGCACUUGCCCCUAUUGUGGCUGGCCGUCUUAUUGCCGGUUUCGGCGUCGGUUUUGAGUCUGCUAUUGUCAUUCUCUAUAUGUCUGAGAUUUGUCCCCGCAAGGUCCGUGGUGCCCUCGUCGCGGGAUACCAGUUCUGCAUCACGAUUGGGAUCCUACUCGCUUCCUGUGUUGUUUACGCUACCCAAAACCGCGACGACACUGGCGCGUAUCGAAUCCCCGUCGCGAUCCAAUUCCCAUGGGCUUUGGUCCUGGGUGGCGGCCUCCUCUUCCUCCCAGAUUCGCCUCGUUAUUUCAUUAAGAAGGGUCAAGUUCAGAACGCGAUUUAUGCUCUAUCCCGCAUCCGCGGGCAGCCCGAGGAUUCCCACUACGUUCAGGCUGAACUUUCCGAGAUCAUUGCCAAUGAAGAGUAUGAACGAGCCCUUAUCCCAUCGACCACAUGGCUGGGAAGCUGGGCCAGCUGCUUCCAGGGUAGCCUUUUUGAGGCCAAGUCUAACCUGCGCCGAACGAUCCUGGGUACCUCUUUGCAGAUGAUGCAACAAUGGACCGGCGUCAACUUCAUCUUCUACUACUCGACUCAGUUCCUUCAGUCUACUGGAGCUAUCAGCAAUUCGUUCUUGAUCUCCCUAAUCUUCACCCUUGUUAACGUCUGUUCUACCCCUAUAUCAUUCUGGACCGUUGAGAGAUUUGGCCGCCGCUUCAUUCUUAUUGCCGGCGCAUUCGGCAUGCUCGUCUGCCAAUUCCUUGUCGCCAUCGUCGGUGUCACAGUCGGCUUUAACAAGACACACCCGGAUCCGGAGGUUCCUGACCAUGCCAUUGCCGAUAAUAUCUCCGCCGUCAAUGCACAAAUCGCCUUUAUCGCUAUCUUUAUCUUCUUCUUUGCUUCUACCUGGGGUCCUGGUGCUUGGGUCGUUAUCGGGGAGAUUUUCCCCUUGCCUAUUCGUUCCCGCGGCGUAGGGCUCUCUACCGCUUCUAACUGGCUGUGGAAUACUAUCAUUGCCGUUAUCACACCUUUUAUGGUUGGUGAAGAUAAGGGAAACAUGAAGUCCUCUGUCUUCUUUGUCUGGGGUGGCCUUUGUAGUUGCGCUUUUGUCUACGCGUAUUUCCUCGUCCCGGAGACCAAGGGUUUAACUCUUGAGCAGGUCGAUAAGAUGAUGGAAGAGACUACACCUCGCACGUCGACCAAGUGGAAGCCAACUACCACCUUUGCCAGCACUAUUGGGGUCAAUGCGCUCGUCAAGAAGAACAACGCUGAUGUCGAGCGCAAUGGCUCGGGAUUCUAG